CCACUGCAGGCUGGCUCUCAAUACAUUCGAUGGUACCUUUACAAUCACUGUUUCCCAGGAUGUCCGGAAAUCUCACAUUCCCCUCUCCACCAGCAGUGUACCUCCUCUUGGGGUCACUACCCUUACUGGUUCUCUCAGAGUCCAUAACUAGAUCCCACACUGGCACGGCAUUGUUCAAGAUGCUUUCCUCGGUAGCCUUCAUUAGCGGUCCAAUAUUCCUAACUACCACGGAAUGGUCCCCCGUUCAGUCUCUCAUUACUACCGGCCUUCUUUUCUCUCUAGCCGGUGACUACUUCCUGAUCCCCUCCCGGAGCGAAUUCCACAACAUGGACUCCAAUCCCUCGGAAGAAAAGAGAAUCUCCAUCUCCUUCCAGCUCGGUGUCGUUGCCUUUGCAGCAGCUCAUAUAGCCUAUAUCCUAGCCUUCUUUCAGGAUACCCAUACAGUCUCAUGGGAAAGCUUCGCCACGACCUUCAUAGCAACCAUGGCAAUCGCAAAAUGGCUUGGUGUAAUCUACCCACCGCCACAUGCCUCCUCUCGAAGUAAUAUGCUCGAUCUCACCAUUCCCGGGGACAUGAAGCCGUUGGUCCUGAUCUAUGCGACCAUCAUCAGUUUCAUGUUUGCUACUGCUGUUUCCACGACCCCGUUGGAUGUUUCGACACGCUGGCAGUAUCAGCGUGUCUUCGGGGCGGGGAUGUUUGUCGCUAGUGAUGUUUACGUUGCGAAAGAUGCGUUCAAGAAGACUCCUGGGAAACGGGGUUGGGUCCAGAGUGCGUUUGGGUAUGGGCUGUAUUUUUGGGGGCAGAUGGUUAUCGCGGGGUUGGUGGAGGGGUGACGGGUUUGUUGGGUGUGGGACGGAGUGCUCUAUGGUCUGGUAGGGUAGGGAUGGGAUCUAGUUGUUUUGUAGGGUAGCUUGUUGGUGUCUAGAACCCUAUUCAUAGGAAUACUAGACUGCCGCUAUUCAAUAGUAGACGAAGGUCAAGGAUUUGUCGAUCAAUAACAGUCACAGUACGCCAAAUGGUUAGCCAGAAAUUGCUAUCAUUGAAGCUUCUACUACCGUGCUCCCGAUGACCUGGACAUGGAGACAACCAGAUUUCACGCACCCUGAUAACUCCAAUGAGACCAUAUUAGAAAACCCAGUGUGCACAGCGCUUAGGGAGGCUAUUGAUGGAAGCUCUAUCGAGGAACAAGGGUGUGAGCUCUUGACUUUCGCAAAAUGGCCCUAGUGUAGGAGAUGAUAAUCAUGCCGAUUGACAGUACUAAUUGGGUGGGAUGAAGUGAGGGUUCCACCCG